ACCACCACUAUCUGGUUCCAAAAUAUUUUCAUCACAACAAAAUCAAACCCUGAACCCAUCAAGGAGUUACUCACCCUUCCCCCAGCCCUUGCGAACCAUCAGUCUGGUUUCUGUCCCUCUGGACUUCGCUGUUCUAGACUUUUCAUAUCAGUGGGAUCACACAACGUGGGACCUUUUGUGUCUGACUUUUUUCACUUAGUAAAUUUCUGAGGUUCAUCCGAGUGGUUACCUGAGUCAGAACUUCGUUCCUUUUUAUGGCUGAUUAAUAUUCCGAUGAAUGGGUGUACCACAAUUUGAGUAUCCAUUCGUUUGUUGAAACAGACACACUUCUGCUCUGUUCGAACCAGAAGUGGGGGCACAGAGAUCCCCUCCACAUGCGACUUUCCCCUCUGGGAAGCUCCCGACACCCUUCCGAGCUUAAUAAGACACCUGGUCCCAGGGAAGCCUUUGAGGAAAUGCCAACUUGUCUCCCGGGAGGGGUCGCACCUGUGGCAGGGAUAAGGGGCUUCUGCAGAAGGAAAGGCUUCCGGGCGAGAAAAAACAAAACCAAAACCGGCUGCAUUCAUACAAAAGAAUGGCUGCCUGGUCAUAACUGGCCAAUCCUGGGAGCUGGGAGGCUGCUGGGCAAAAGGGUCCCUGGGCGGCUGCCCCUUGGUCCCACCCAGGGGCCCGGGGGCCUCCUCCGCCCCGAUGGGCAGGUCUGCCUAUCAGGGAUCCGGCCAAGCCGGCGGCCUUUUAUGACUUCGUUUGUUGAAACUCAAGCCACGCCUCAGUAAGUACAUUCUCCACGCCACACACUAUAAACAGGUGCCAGACUGCUGGCGUCAUCGUUUUCCACAAGUUUUCUCUGUGUUUCCACAUUAUUUAGGAUGGAAAAUUUCCAGGUACAAACAGGAAGCCCUUUGAGCAUUUUACUCCUUUCUCCAACGAAAGGUUUGUCCCUGCUCCAUUGCGUAAAGGGCGAGCGAGUGAUCCGUGGCUCCCUGCUUGCCGGGCAAGGCAGUUCUGAUCGCUUAGGUGCAGCCAAUCCGGCCACGGGCCCAGUUUUAGUCUGGAUAAGCCUUCUCUGAAAGGAGCCCAGCUAAUGUAAUCACGGGGAAAAUCCUCUACGUGAAAGGCCGUGGCCGCGAUGGGCCCAGAAACGCUGAUUCCACGUUUGUGUGAUCACAGAGGCUCCGCACAGCCGCCACUCAGUUGCUUCUGGUAAAAUCCAGAGGGUCGCUGGCACCCUGAAUCACCAUGGGCAAUGAGAACAGCACCUCGGAAAACCAGCAAGAGAACUCCGGCUUGCAUAACGUCAUCCUGUGGCCUCCAAACCCCGAGCCUGCGCAGAGAACUUCGUCGGCUCAGAGUCCAGGGUCUGUGCAACCACCCGGGAACGGUCAGAACAUAAAAAGGAACCUGGAGGAGAAGUCGGGAAGCAGUGACCAUGGGGACUCACACAGUGCUGGGCUCCGAAGCUCCUGUCCCACUUCUGAAGGUGCUGCCAGCCUGGAUCCGUGCUUCCUGUCCCCAGAAGUGACAGGGCCGAGCAAAUGCCCACAGGAAGCCAGAGGCCCAGAAGGUUCUCCACUGCUCUGGCCACCAGUGCCCUGGGAGUUUGAGUGCCCCCCAGCCUCCACGCCCAUUGCCAAGGGCCCCCCGGAAGGUUGCCUGCCAAGCCCCGGAGCAGCACCUGAAGACUGGCCCCUAAUUCAACACCCCAGGAAGGAACCUUCCCCAAAUGCCCAUGGGGAUGUCCCAACAGCGUUUGUCCCUGAAGGGGACAGUUCUACUCAGUGCAAUGUGGGUGCCAUCGUCCCCAGUGCCCAGGGCAGAGGGGGACAGCUGAAGGAAGAGGGACAUAAAUUAUCUUCCUCCAGGAGCACUGACCAGUUGCCAGCAAUUUCAGCAGCACCUCCUCAAGAGCUGAUAAAGGGACAGCUUUGUGGAGAAGACGGCCAGCCUGGCGGCUCUGAGUCCCAAGGGAAAGAGGUGGCAGGUGGCCUUCCCCUCGCAGAGUCCAGGCAGGGGGCGGCUUCCAUACCAGCGGCCCCGAAGGCCCCAGCUGCAGCUCAACCAGACGGGGAGAGCUCAGCUGGCCUGGAAGAGCCCCCCACAAAGCCCGAGACCCCGACUCCACAAGAUCCGGCGCCCAGAGCCUUAGACAGAGAAACCUGCCAAGUGGAGGCACUGCCUCAGGCUUUAGCUGAUGACUCGGGACUCCUCGGGGCCUGCCGCCCCACUGGGAACAACUCAGGGGCUGCCCGAGAGGCCGGCACCAAUUCCUGGGAAAGCUGCCAGCAGCAAAUGGGAGCACAUCUGGAGCACCCGGAGCUGCCCUGGGAUUCACCGAGUCCUGUGCUGGCACCCGGGCCCGGGGACUCUCGGAAGGAGACCGUGGAUGCCAGCGGUGCUCGGGGACACUUGGAGACAGCGGGAAUGGGAGGCCAUCCCAGUAUAGCUGUCUGUGCUUCUGCAGGCAACCGACCCGCAGGGGCUUCGCUUGUGAGCGCCGAGCCUUCCCCACAGGCCCCGACGGAGGAUGCAUAUCCACCUUCAGUCUCCACUUUGCAGCCCGCUGCCGGGGCCUCAGCUGCUGCAGAAGAGCCCGGCUGGUCGACCAGAGAGAUGGUUUCCGGGACUGCGAUGCCAGUUCUUACAGAUCUGGCCGAAGGGCUGACGGGACGGGAGAAGCACACGUCAGAUCUCAGAAAUGAGGGAGAAGGUCUAGAAGGGAGCCCUGGAGAGGGUCCUGACCCUGUGCCCCCGGAGGACAGGGGAGAGCUCUCAACGAGGGACCAUGAAGUCCAACAAGAGGUACCGCCCCCCGCCCCACCCAGUGCAUCAGAUGAAAGUGCCAGAAAGUCCCUGGGGCCAAAGGAUGAAGCCGUGACCCCUGAAAGCCCAGCAGUGGCUGAGAAGGAGAGCAGACCACCUGGGGCCAACUCUAGGGGACAGGAAGAAGUCACACAGCCACUGGACAGUAGAGAUCUUGAGAACCCAUGGGGAGAGCAACCCGGGGCCUUCGGCGGCAAGCCCGACCCAGAGGUAGAAAAAGACGAGGUUUCGAAGCUAAGCCAUGACGUGGAGAGCAGAGCGCAUCCCGGCACGGACUCAGCACAGCCCCUCAAGAAGGAGGGUCCUGGGCACCCCGACAGGCCUGGCUCUCCAUCAAAAGAUGCAGCUGGGAGCUCGGUGGCCUAUGGGAUGAUGGGAGAAGCCCGCGCGGUCCAUGCCUCUGGCUCCCUGCGCAAGCUCCCUGGGAAGGAUCUCCUCCUGCCCCCUGGGCCAGACGGAACUGGUGAACACAUUCUUCCCGAAGAAGCCGUCUGGGCGGGGCCAGGGUUGCAGACCCAGUGUCCCGACACCCUUCAGGACGUGGGAGGGUUGGAAAGAAUGGACUAUCUUCCUGCUUUAGAAUCUGAGAAAUCAGAUUUCCUGUCAGCUCCUGCUGCAGAGGUCAACCCCAAAGCCCAGGAGGCGGAGAGCACUUCGGAGACAAAGAUGAGGAGCCCCCCAUCUGCGCCGAGGCCCGGCAGCUGUGCCGGGGAGGCUUUGCCGACAUCCCCGGGCCAGCCUUGUGGGCUGGGGCGUGAGGCCGCUGGUCAGGAAGUCCAUGCUGAUGGGCCACCCCCCGAGGGGGAGAAUUUGGCAGUGGACUCUGGGCUCGCGAUGCUCAGCCUGGAGCAAGGUCGGCAGGGAGAGCCGCCCUGCCUGGGGGACCCCCGGAUACAAGGAGCUGCUUCUGAGGGGCCCUGGGUGUCUUCUGAGACCCCUCUCCAGCCCUUGCAAUCAGACCCAGAAGCAUCCGUCUUUGACAUGCUCAGGGAGAAGCCCCAGCACGGUGAACGUGAGAAGGAGACUUACCCAGGGGGUCUAGGUUUUAGGAACGUGGGCUCAGAUGCUCCUCAAAUACCUGCGGGGCCUCCGGAGGAUGCGUGCUGGCCUCCGUAUGGAACAGAGGAGCAGGCUUCCAGAUCAGGGCUUCAACGUGCGCUCCCCAAAGACGGUCUGUGUGAUGCUCCGAGGUCAGCUCCCAGAGACACGGUUCCAGAAAGUCCUGCGAGCGAGCAGCCAGAGUCAUCAGCACCAACGGGACGGGGGUUGCCCGUGCUAGGGCAGGGUGAGCAAGAGGAAGCAUGCGGUGGCAGUCUGCCCGCCGGGGACUCGCCUCCCGCGGGUCUCUUGAGCGGAAGGGAAAAUUGCUGUGCCGAGCAGGGGCUGAACAAGUCCCAGCAGGAGCCGGCAGGUGUGUUGAAAGCCAGCAGUCGGCAUGAAGAAGCAUGUCUCAGUGAUGCAGGAGCUUCAGAAGCCGCGGACGCUCAGCCCCCGCUCCGGGGAUUGGGUGAGACGGAGCAGGCAAGUGGGAACACAGCGGGGACCCCACCUUGUUGGCCUGACUCAGUAGCUCUCCUGGAUGCAGCUCGCGGGCCGCCGGCCGCCCUUGGAGUCACACCCACCCGGGAUGCCCCGGACAGAGAGGCGAAUGGUGAAACCCGGGCGGGCAGGCAGCAACCAGCACCGGCCCCACCGAAGGGAAUGGAGCUCCCCAUAACCUUGGAUGCAGAGGCCCAACGACUGCUUGGAAGGUCCCCCGCGGCUCAGGAUCAAGGUGCUGAUGGUGGGGCUGCUGAGGCCGGUGGGCACGCUGAGGAGGGAGACCUGGGGCUCCAGCGGGCUCUGGAGGGGCCAGCGGAAGCUGCUGUGUGGGGCGGCUGCCUUCAGACUGAGCAGUGCGCCUCCCCUGGGAAGGAAGCCUCUACCUUUGCCCUCUCUGAGCCCUGCCGAGCAGAACAGCUUUCAGCCAGCUCCCGGGAUGCCUUGCUCGCAGCCAGAGACCUGGGUGCCAUUCCCGGGAGCAAGGUGGAUAUUUCUGCAGCCCAGGCUGUCCACAGCCCAAAGAAACCCUUGCCACCGGGGCCACCAGAAGAGGCUGCGCCCAGCACUCCCUACCUGGAUAUUGAUGGUGCUGCUGGAAAGGGGGCAGAACCUUGUGCCGUAGAAGAGUCUCCACUUGCCUUGGAGGAUGCUACCCCCAGGAAGAUUUCUGCCGGCUUGCUGGCCUUGCUCUCACAACCAGGAGCAGGUGGCGAAAUCUCUGCGGUGCAAGCCGGCAGCGGAAGCCCCAAAGCCGGAAACUUUGAGGGACCUGCGGGCUCCGUCCCCUACCUGGACAGGAUGCCGCUUCUGACCGAGAAUAAGCAGGUGACAGGGGAGGAGGGGGCAAGAGCGCCCGGUGCAGGCACCAAGCCCGGGGAGAUGCCAGCACGCCCUGCCAGUGAGGGAAGCGUGGCAGGUGAUGCAAGGGAGACGGAAGGCAGCGGGGAGAAGAUGGUAGAACCUUCCAAGGAUCCAAGGAGAGGCGUGUCAGGUGGCAUGGAUGCAAGCCCCAAGCACACCGGCAUGAUCGCUGGGCUCCCUGACUUCAGGGAGCACAUCACCAAGAUCUUUGAGAAGUCUGUGCUCAGAGCCCUGACCGCCGAUCGGCCCCAGAGUACAGCGGGAGAAAAGGCAGGAGCUGAGGGGAGUGUGCGGGGUGAGGACCUCGCAGGGCCACACCCAGAGAGGCCUCCAGACGGGACUCAAGGAGCGGUCAUCGCCCCUCUCCCCGCCCUUCCUGCUGGACUCGGGGUGGGCACAAGAGAAAAGAAACGAGAGCUGCCUACGGAGGCUGAGAUCCCCCACCUGGUCCCCCAAGACCCCGCUCCAGGAAAGCUGCGGGGUCUGGCGGCACCAGCCGCAGAGCAGAACCUGCCCGGUGCCAGCGUGGGGAAGGAAAUGGCUGGUGUCCCACAGAUGGUGGAGGACAGUGAGAAGCCAGAGGGGGCUGGGGAGGCCGAGCCGGGGCUUGGGGGCCAGGCCCACUCACAGCAGGGCGGGGCCCAGGGGGAAUUAGCUUCGGGUGUCUCCUCUCCGGGAGCCGUACCGCACACGCCCGUGGAAAAGGCUGCUGACUUCCAGGUGGUUCCCCAGAGCCACGGAGGAGGGGCCUCAGCUCCAGAAGACAGAAUUCCUCCUGGAUUGUACCACCAAGAAGCGGCCACCGGCGACAGUCAACCCGGAGAGGAUGACGGUGCCUGGGGCUUUGCUCACACAGGGGGUCCAAGUGGCAUGCCCGUGUUCACCUGGGCCCUGGGAGCAUCUUCUCCCCGUGGGGAGAUUGUGGCCGAGGCCAUCGGCGCACCCUGGCCCCCCGACGCGCUUGGGGGUGAGCAGAGGCAUGGGGGUGGUGCCGGGAUCUCAGAAACGCAAAAUGCCCCAGAGCCACAGGCUGGAGAAGCAUCAGCCACUCCCCUGGAGCCCAGCGCCGUGGCAGGAGCUGCUGGGGAAGCAAAGGGUGACGUCACUCUGAGCACAGCCGAGACCAGGGCACGUGUGUCUGGUGACCCGCCCGAGACAGGUGCUCCAAGGAUGCUCUCGGGUGCUGCUCCUGGGCCAGCGCUGCCAGGAACCGGCGGGGCCCCGGGCUGCUCUGAUGGGGCCCCGGGCACGGAGGACAGCCCGGACAGCCCGUCUGUGCACCAGCAGGCUGAGGAGUGGCCGGGCCCUGAGCCCCCCAUCGCUGCUGGGGGCGGGAAGCUACAAGUCUCCUCACCUCCAGAGCCUGAGGGACCUCGGGACCCGCAGCUGCAAAACCAGGCCCCGGGAGCGCUCCACGCCGAAAGAAAGAGCCCCAGGCCCGAUCCAUCCACCUUACUUUCAGUUCCCGAGAAGGAGGCUCCAAACGUCCCGGGCAACGUCGUUUCAGACGAGGCCAGAAGUGUGGGAGGAGCAGAAAGGUCAGUAAAAAGGUCACCUGUAGCGGAUGAUGUCAUCCAGCCAGCUGCCCUCGAGGACCUUGAAAACCCACCGUUAGCCGCCUCUCCCCACCAGAGUGAAGCCAUCAGCCAGGUCUCCGGGGACCUGACAGCCCAGAGCACCUCCCCAGCUGCUGCCUGUGCGGAUCUCACUCCCCGAGCCUCAGGACAUGUGUCUUUGCCUUCUGCCCCAGCUGGUGAUGGAGUAGAAGCUUCCGCUCUCUCCUGCCAGGGUCUGACCAAGGACUUAAGCAGGAGUUCUGACUCUGAAGAAGCAUUCGAGACCCCUGAGUCGACGACUCCUGUGAAAGCCCCACCAGCCCCACCUCCACCGCCCCCCGAAGUCACUCCAGAACCUGAGAUCAGCACACAGCCUCCUGUGGAAGAACCAGGUAACCAAGGAUGCGGUUCUGAGACAGCCUGUGUCCCCGAUGGCCCACGCAGCAGCUCGGUGGAGGGGAGCCCCUUCCGCCCCCCGUCACACUCCUUCUCUGCCGUCUUCGAUGAAGACAAGCCUAUAGCCAGCAGUGGGACUUACAACUUAGACUUCGACACCAUCGAGCUGGUGGAUGAUUUCCAGACCUUGGAGCCCCGCUGCUCAGACUCUAAGAGUCAGGAAUGCAAAGUGAACACGCGGAGGAAGUCCACGGAUUCUGUCCCUGUCUCCAAGUCCACGCUCUCCCGAUCUCUCAGCCUGCAAGCUAGUGACUUUGAUGGUGCUUCCUGCUCAGGCAACGCCGAGGCCGUGGCCCUGGCCCCAGAUGCCUACGGCGCGGGCUCAAGCAGUGCCUCCAGUACCCUUAAGCGAACUAAAAAACCGAGGCCGCCUUCCUUAAAAAAGAAGCAGACCACCAAGAAACCCACGGAAACCCCCCCAGUGAAAGAGACACCACAAGAGCCAGUCGAAGAGAGUCCUGUCCCCAGUGAGGAGAACAGAGCAGUCGAGACCAAGACAGAAGCUUCUGCACCAGCCCUGGCAGAGGAGGUACCCCUGGAGCCUGCUGCUGUGCCCAAGGCCGCCUGCCCUCUGGACCCAGAGGGUGCCGAAGGGGCCGUCCCCCCAGCUUCCGGAAGCGGCAGAGUGCAGAACUCACCCCCCGUUGGAAGGAAGACGUUGCCUCUUGCCACGGCUCCGGAGGCAGUGGAGGUGACCCCGUCGGAUGGUGGGGGGCAGGAGGACUCCCCGGUCAAAGGGCUCUCGGUGAGGCUGGAGUUUGACUAUUCUGAGGACAAGGGAAGUUGGGACACCCAGCAGGAAAACCCCCCUCCUACCAAAAAGCUAGGCAAAAAGCCGGUUGCCAAAAUGCCCCUAAGGAGGCCAAAGAUGAAAAAAACACCCGAGAAACUCGACAACGCUCCUGCCUCACCUACCCGGUGCCCCGAUGAGCCCAAUGACAUCCCUAUUGCUAAGGGUACCUACACCUUUGAUAUUGACAAGUGGGACGACCCCAAUUUUAACCCUUUUUCUUCCACCUCAAAAAUGCAAGAGUCCCCCAAACUGCCCCAACAGUCCUACAACUUUGACGCAGACGCCUGCGACGAAUCCAUUGACCCUUUUAAGACGUCCUCCAAAACCCCAGCCUCACCUUCUAAAUCCCCAGCCUCCUUUGAGAUCCCAGCCAGUGCCAUCGAAGCCAAUGGAGUGGACGGGGAUGGGCCGAACAAGCCCGCCAAGAAGAAGAAGACACCCCUCAAGACUGACACAUUUAGGGUGAAAAGGUCGCCAAAACGGUCUCCUCUCUCUGACCCACCUUCUCAGGACUCCACUCCAGCGGCUACCCCGGAAACGCCGGUGAUCUCCGCCGUGGUCCAUGCAACCGACGAGGAGAAGCUGGCGGUCACCAACCAGAAGUGGACGUGUGUGACAGUGGACCUGGAGGCUGACAAACAGGACUACCCACAGCCCUCGGACCUGUCCACCUUCGUAAAUGACACCAAAUUCAACUCACCCACGGAGGAGUUGGAUUACAGAAACUCCUAUGAAAUUGAGUACAUGGAGAAAAUUGGUUCCUCCUUACCUCAGGACGAUGAUGCCCCGAAGAAGCAGGCCCUGUACCUUAUGUUCGACACUUCUCAGGAGAGCCCGGUCAAGUCUCCCCCAGUCCGGACGUCAGAGUCCCCGACGCCGUGUUCAGGGUCAAGUUUUGAGGAAACUGAAGCCCUUGUGAAUGCCGGGGCAAAGAUCCAGCAUCCCGUCACACGAGGGCUGGCCCCCAACCAAGAGCCACACUUGCAGGUGCCGGAGAAAUCCUCCCAGAAGGAGCUGGAGGCCAUGACCUUGGGCACCGCUUCAGACGCGAUUGAAAUUACAGCUCCUGAGGGCUCCUUUGCCUCUGCUGACGCCCUCCUCAGCAGGCUAGCUCAUCCAGCCUCUCUCUGUGGUGCGCUUGACUAUCUGGAACCCGACUUAGCAGAAAAGAACCCCCCAGUAUUUGCUCAGAAACUUCAGGAGGAGUUAGAGUUUGCCGUCAUGCGGAUAGAAGCCCUGAAGCUGGCCAGGCAGAUUGCCCUGGCCUCCCGUAGCCGCCAGGAUACCAAGAGAGAAGCUGGUCACCCAACAGAUGUCUCCAUCUCUAAAACAGCCUUGUACUCCCGCAUCGGGACGGCCGAGGUGGACAAGCCCGCAGGCCUUUUAUUCCAGCAGCCUGACCUGGACUCCGCACUCCGGAUCGCCAGAGCAGAGAUCAUAACCAAGGAGAGCGAGGUCUCGGAGUGGAAGGCUAAAUACGAAGAAAGCAGGCGGGAGGUGAUGGAAAUGAGGAAAAUAGUGGCUGAGUAUGAGAAGACCAUCGCUCAGAUGAUAGAGGAUGAGCAGAGGGAGAAGUCAGUCUCCCACCAGACUGUCCAGCAGCUGGUCCUGGAGAAGGAGCAAGCCCUGGCCGACCUGAACUCCGUGGAGAAAUCUCUGGCCGAUCUCUUCAGGAGAUACGAGAAGAUGAAGGAGGUCCUUGAAGGCUUCCGCAAGAAUGAAGAAGUGCUGAAGAAAUGUGCCCAGGAGUACCUGUCCCGGGUGAAGAAAGAGGAGCAGAGGUACCAGGCCCUGAAGGUGCAUGCAGAGGAAAAGCUGGACAGGGCCAACGCCGAGAUCGCGCAGGUCCGAGGCAAGGCCCAGCAGGAGCAGGCUGCCUACCAGGCCAGUCUACGGAAGGAGCAGCUUCGUGUGGACGCUCUGGAGAGGACACUGGAGCAGAAGAAUAAAGAGAUAGAGGAACUCACCAAGAUUUGUGAUGAACUGAUUGCCAAAAUGGGGAAAAGCUAACUUUGAACCGAAUGUUUGGACUUGACCAUUGCGUGCAAUAUGACCGUCGGCACACUGCCGUCCUUCCAGCGACGCGGACAGGUUCUGUUUUCACUUUUUCGUAUGCACUACUGUAUUUCCUUUCUAAACGACAUUGAUUUGAUUGUAUGCAGUACCAAGGAGACUAUCAGAAUUUCUUGCUAUUGGUUUGCAUUUUCUUAGUAUAAAUUCAUAGCAAGUUGACCUCAGAGUUCCUGUAUCAGGGAGAUUGUCUGAUUCUCUAAUAAAAGACAAACCGCUGACCUUGGCCUUGCCCUCUGUACAUGAGUUCCCAGGGUGAGCGGCUUUUGGAUUUAAUAUGAACUUGUACAGCUUGCACAGGGACUCUUGCCUUAAGGAGUGUAAACUUGAUCUGCGUUUGCUGAUUUGUGUUAAAAAAAAAAAUGCAUGUUUCAAAUAAAAUUCUCUAUUGUAAAUAAAUUUUUUUCUUUGGAUCUUG